AUGUGUGAGGACAUUUCUAAAGCCACGCAUUCCUCCAAAACUCACUAUACGGUGUUAAUGGGAGACUUCAACGCAAAACUGGGCACAAGAAAGAACAGUGAGCUGAAAGUAGGGAAAUUUGGGAUAGGGCAACGGAACCCAAGAGGCCAGCAGCUGGCCGACUUCAUGGAGAAAGAGGGACUUUUUAUGAUGUACUCUUUCUUCCAGAAGCGGCCCCACAGAAAGUGGACCUGGUCGAGCCCCGACGGUUCGACAAAAAACGAGAUUGACUUCAUUAUGACGACCAGACGCCAACUGUUCAGUGAUGUCUCAGUGAUCGCAAAGGUGAAAACUGGCAGCGAUCACCGAAUGGUUAGAGGCACACUGAAUGCAAACUGA